UGCUCCUGUGUCGGCAACAGGAAGUCGGUGAAUUCUGUACACACAGACGAGCCGACGUAGAGAGGGAGAAAAACAGAUAUUACUCUGAACACUUUACCGAAAGAGGCAAACCUACGACGGAGGGAGGUUUAUUAAAACUGCUAGCUUUAAUUUCUCAGAGUUACCGGUGAGCAGGUGGUCAUUCUGGCCGGGGGGCUCCCUCCUCCUCUCAGCCACCCCCCCUCGGUGGACAUACAUGGGGGGCUAUUAGCACCGAACGAUGGAGGAUUUAACCCGGCUCCAUAAUGGCUGCUGUGACGGAGUGGCGCUACCUCAGCGGCCGGCGUGUCCUCGGGGGAUGGGGCCCGCUGCUGUGCGUGGUUCUCGGCUCUCUGGUGGCCCUCCUGCUGCCCAUGAUCGGGAUGCAGAAGCAGUGCUGUGCCUCCCUGAGGGGCAUGGCCCAGCUCCGCUGCCAGCUGUGGGGGAGCUCACCGUCUCCUCCGGCGGUGCAGUCCACCAGCCUGACGGUCCCCUUCACCGCCCUGGACCUGCUGCCUCAGAGGAGCAAACCCAGCCAAGAGAUGGAGCUGGAGGCCAAAGCAGCGCUGCAGCAGGCUCUGGAGAUGAAGAAGCUUGGGAAGAGGGAGAAGGCCCACAAGCUGCUGGUGCACGCUCUUAGCAUGAACCCUGACUUUGUGGAUGCUCUGACGGAGCUGGGGACCAUACUGGAGGAGGAGAAAGAUGUGGUCCAGGCGGACCACCUCUACACGAAGGCCCUGGCCCUGUCGCCGUGCAACCAGAGAGCUCUGGUCAGCAGGGACCGCACCCUUCCCCUGGUGGAGGAGAUCGACCAGCGCUACUUCAGCUUAAUCGACAGCAAGGUGCGCAGGCUGAUGUCCAUUCCCAAAGGCAACUCCGCGCUGCGGCGGGUGAUGGAGGAGACGUACUACCACCACAUUUAUCACACGGUGGCCAUAGAGGGCAACACCCUCACCCUGUCCGAGAUCCGACACAUCAUCGAGACGCGCUACGCCGUGCCCGGGAAGAGCCUGCAGGAGCAGAACGAGGCCAUCGGCGUGGACGCCGCCAUGAAGUACAUCAACACCACGCUGCUGUCCAGGUCGGGAGCCAUCACCGUCGGCGACAUCCUGGAGAUUCACCGGCGAGUGCUGGGCUACGUGGACCCCGUGGAGGGCGGCCGGCUGCGGACCAGCCAGGUGUUCGUGGGCCACCACAUCCCGCCGCACCCCAAGGACCUGCAGCGGCACAUGGAGGAGCUGGCGCAGUGGCUCAACUCUGAGGAGGCCCUGCAGCUGCACCCUGUGGAGUACGCGGCUCUCGCCCACUACAAGCUGGUGUACGUACACCCGUUUGUGGACGGGAACGGCCGCACGUCGCGGCUGCUCAUGAACCUCGUGCUCUUGCAGGCGAGGUACCCGCCGGUGACCAUUCGCAAAGAGCAACGGGCGGAGUACUACGCCACCCUGGACACGGCCAACGAGGGCGACGUGCGCCCCUUCAUCCGCUUCAUCGCCAAGUGCACCGAGAUGACGCUGGACACGCUGCUGUUUUCCACCACAGAGUACGCUGUGGGGCUGCCGGAGGCCGACAGGAACCAGGCCUGUCCCAGCUGCAAACAGACCAUUCCAGUCCACAACUAAAACCGCAGCGCCAAGGAGAACGCCGCCGUGCAAAGACACGUUUCAGUUCAUCUGAAGGUUUUUUUUUUUCCCUCAGUCGUUCCAACACGGGCUACUUCGCCGGGUCCUUUUUAGCCAAAACCAAAUCAUAAAAGACCUUUGCAGGAAUUUCAUUUGACGUGCAAACAGAUGUUUUGAAUGCUAACAUGAAGGAAAUGUUUUUUUUUUUUUUUAGCUACAACUAAACCAAACAUUUUUAAAGUAUUUCUCUUGAGGAAAGGCUGUUUUGCUAACACUGGAAAGCACUUUCAUGUAUUUAUUUUAAAAUAAAAGACACUCAUCAUUUCCUUAACAUGUGAAAAGUCAUUUUGGGAUCAGAUUUGUUUUUUUAUGUCAAAACCACAACAAAGGGAACAUACAGCUGCACCUCGAUGAAUUGGAAUGUCCUUUUAAAGUCACUUUAUUUCUCAAAUACAAUUUUUAAAAGCUGAUUUGUGCCGUGUUUUGUACGUAUGUUAACGUCUAAUAAAAACCUAGAAAAUUAUAAAUAAAUGGGUUUUAUCACAGAA